CCGAGCUAGCGAACAAAUUUCAGCUAGGUUUACUUUAUUUAACUUUAGGUCUUUAAAAGUGAUGUUUUCUCGACACUUGGUUGUUAAAUUAAAUUAAUUUCACACCGUUCACUUCGUUUGUCACUCAUACAACUCAUAAAUCACUGCGAGUGAAUUAUUGCCUUCGACUGUAGAUUAAAAUUGUACACAGUUUGGAACAUUUUACAACAAUUAUUCGGUGAAUUCUGUCCUACAAUCCCACAAAGAUCUGGAAAAAAUGUGUAAAGACAGUUUGUGAGCUUUGGCGACGAUAUUGGCGCAGCAUGUUAGCUGCUACCUCAUAGGGAAGGGUCCCACCAUGGAACCUCUGAUGCGGUCUGCAGACUGCGGAAACAUGAGCUCAAAGCCAAAGAAAAAGGAUCCCUCUGAAGUCGGCAACAGUCAAGCCACUUUGCCGUCAUUAUGGCCUGUGCCGUAUUCUCCCUCAGCGUCCUCGCUGCGUAGGAAUCUUUUUGAUCCCUCCGCCAUUGUUGCUGUUACAGUCUCCUCUGUCACUCCCAGUCCUGUGGCUCAAGCCGGAUCAGUAAAAAUCCUCACAGAGUCAAAAUGGACAGAAAGACUGCUAUCAGGGGCAUCGGUAUUAUGCACGGACACUUCUGGUGAAGCAUCAAAGAGUUUGACAGAUAAAGAUGAAUCCAGAGUCACCAUUAGGGACUUAUUCAGUCUUCCCGCCAUCGUUCCGAGCGUGCCCCCUGAAAGUCCUCGUUCUGUGGUUCAACUCCAAUCACCAGAGCCAAAAUGGACAGAAAAAACUCCAAUGAAGGCCUCUGCAUCAUUUACUGACAUCCCUGUCAAGACUGCUGAUGAAGCAGCACAGAGUUUUACAGAGAAAGAGUCAUCAAAAGUCACAAGGAGGGACUUGUUCAAUCUUCCCGCCAUUGGUCCGAUCGUUUCCCCCAGAACUCCCCAUCUUGCAGGAUCACGGAAAGCCACAGCAGAGAUAAAAUGGACAGAAAAACCAAGACAGAAGGCCGUGGUAUCAUGCACUGACAUCCCUGCCACCAAGAAUGAUGAAGCAGCAGCAGAGAGUUUUACAGAGACAGAUGAAUCAAUAACCACAUGCAGGAUGAAAAGGCCGAACCUGGUUGAAAAGGUUCCCGUCACUGGCAUGGAGAUAGUUCAGUUGUUCCUCAAGAACAGAGAUGUGGGAGAACUAAAGGUGUUUUACUUGAAGGAACAAGAGAGUGACUUGUACAGACCCUACGACUUGCGAGUGGUCCCAGACAGUGAGGCUGGUUCCGAGCACUACGUCUUCACUGCCAAUACAGUGCUGCACGUCACACGGAGGGGUUACGGAGGGCUUGUCACUUUGGAAGAGUGGUACAGGGAGACUGUGCUCUGGACAGCUUUGCAGGCGAUCCCCUUUUUUAGGGAAUUCAUUCUGCGAAACGCUGUCACCCUGUGGUAUAGAAAUGUACGUGCGACCGUUUACAAGCGAAGGUUUGAAGAAGUUCAGGCCCUCCUGCUUACGAACAUCCCCCAGUACAGAAAUGGCCUCCUUCUUUUAUCCAGACUCAUAGAAGACCUGAAAGUGACACACUUGCUGCCUCUAGAUGAGACAAAAACAUACACGUUGUUGGAAUUUCAGAAUGUUCUGGUGACCAGUAGGCAAAAGGUUCUGAACAGUCUAAGCCAGCUCUCACAAUUUCGCAUCUGCAUCCUUAGUAAGGCCAAAGAAGAGAGUUACAAGGUCCUCAAGGAGCUUCAGGAGCACCUCGACUAUGCCGACAUGCCACAGCAUUGUUGCAAGCCCAUUCACCUGCACCAGGCCCACCUGAACAAUCUGCAGAGAGAUUUUGCGCACGGGAAGAGUGUCCUGCAGAAGCUGGGCAACUUCGCUGCCCUCGUCAAUCAGAUCAUCAUGCAGACUCUUGUCACCGUUGUCCAGAAAAAUGUCACGUUGGUCCUCAGCAACAUUUUGAAGAGAAAGAAUUCUCACAGCAGCUGCCUUUUCCAAACCGACCUGUGUCUUGGUGCUGAUCAGCUGACUCUUGAACCACCUUUACAUCUCUUACGAGAAACACUCACUCAGGCACUUCUGACUGCCGGUGAUUCCAUAAGCCAGAUGUGUGAAACUUCUGGACUUUUCCUGGAGGUCAGCAGCGCCCUUGAUCGUCAGGACGAAACAUCUGACGUCAGCUGUUCUUCUGUUGUCGCAGACUCUGAUGGUGAGAUAAAGGACAACGAUGGAAUGCCUGGUCUCACACAUUAUAGCUGCUGUCAGUGGAUCAGAGAACAGCGCCCUGGUUGGAAGUUGAUGAUGACUGUGCAGGGCCACAGAAUGCCUGGCUCAUACUAUCCUCUAUCCAAAGAACAACUUGUGUGGUAUAUUACCAUCAAUGAUGUGUCAAUAAGCAUAAACAAAGAGCAGUCUGAGCUGAUGCAGGCAAGCAUUCUAUUCCGAAAAAAUACCGGCUCUAUCUCCAAUAUGAACACAAAAUGUAUUACAUUUUUUUUGUCUCUACUGUUCGGACAGGCAGCAGAGUCCGAGAUCCAGCAGCUGCUGGAGAGUUACGUGUGGUUGCUGGACAUCCGUGUGUUCAUCAGCCAAUGGAGUCCAGCCUCUUUGGAAAGCAUGAAGGGUCAACCUGCUUUACUAUAUCAGGAACUAAUUAAGAAGCUGCGCCGGUGGAUUGAACAAAUCCACGCCACCCCGUCAUUCAUCUCUACCUCCAACCAGCUAUUUAUUGUCCACUGCACCCACAUGAAGGAGUAUCUAGGGCAGCAGUUAAGUUUGAUUGAAAAUGAAGUACAGGAAGAGUUAAUGAAGCAAAUGAAAGCACUCUCAGAAAGCUUUUUGCAUGAUUUGGAGGAAGCUCAUUCUGCUCUCCGGACUGAACCCAAAGACUUGCAUGACUUGCCAAAAUACGUUGAUGUGGUAUGGAAGUCUGUGAACAUGUUGGCGGAUAUGCAGAAACGUUUGGAAUACGUUCACACACUCCAGGACAGCAUUUGCACUUAUUAUAGAGAGAUGACCAUCCAGGAGCUGAGUUUGGAGAAAAAGAUGUUGGACAUGUGGGCUUGCUAUUAUUCCCACUUGAAACAAGCAGAUAGCACCUUGCGUUACCGUCUUCCCACAGUGGCUACUGCUCUGCACACAAUGUCACCUUUGAUGGCUUCUGACUUAAGAAAUAUAGUCUCUAAUGCUACCUCUGGGCCAUUCCUUGAUCCAAGGCAAAAUGCUGAACAGUUGGCCUCCAAACUAAAUUAUAUGCAUCUACGUGUGGAUACCGCCACGUCCAAUCUGGAACAUCUUUCCAGGACUGGUGAAAUAUUCCGAGAAAAUCCAGUGGACUUGACCGAUCUGACUGACAUUCCUAAACUCACUGCCCGUAGGGAGCUUUGGGAGCUCUUAGCGUUUUACAGACAAUGUUUACAUGAAUGGAACAAGUUCCUGUUGAUUGAGCUUGCAUUUUCACAAGCUCAAGAGCAAAUCGCCCACUGGCAGCUACAAGUUGCAAACCUAUCAAGCAUCAUCCCUGCUGAUGACGCAGUGCUGCAGGAGACUUCGGAAACCAUUAAUGAUUUAAGCUAUCGGCUUAAAAUCUUGGCCAGGUUUCGGAGCCCCACAAUCAAACCGAAACACAGAAGCCUUUUUUUCAAAGGUAUUGGAUUACGGCAUGCCUCUGAUACGAAUGCAACUCUUGCGCAACUUAUUUCUCAGCCGUUUGACCUUCACCAGGAAUUCAUCAACAAGAUAUGUAGCGAUGCGCAAAAAGAGAAUUUAAUGGAACAGACAUUCAAAAAAAUUCAACAGGCAUGGACGAACCAUAUUUUUCAGCUGCAUACCUAUACAGGUCCUUGUUGUCAUCGUGCUGAACCACACGUAUUGACAAACGAUUCCACUUCUGACGCCUCAAGUGAUGCCAAAAUUAUCAUUGGCCUAGAAUUCCUCUUCUCUGAGAUAGAAAAUGAUUUGAUGACUAUGACAAACAUGCAUAGGUCACGGCACAGUGUAGACUUUAGGUUGCAAGUAGAAGAAUGGAUGCACCUACUACAGGAGCUUGAUAAGUUGUUGCAUUUGUUUGAAAUCUAUCAGCAAAAAUGGAUCUUCCUAAACAACAUGUUUCAAGAAACAAUCUUGAGUGUUCAAAGAUGGGAUUUGCUGCCACAAUUUCAAUCAGUUGAUGAGAGUUUCAAGACCAUGAUGCAUUAUAACUCGACUCAUGCCAGUGUGUUGGAUCUUGUUCGUCCCAAAACAGGGAACGACAAUUUUCCUGGGGCAAACCUUUGCCAAACUCUCCUUAACAAUCUAUCAACAUUGAACACUAUUGCUAACCAGAUGUCAAAUCGUCUUCAUUCUUUCUGCAAAUCGUUUCCAAGACUCUACUUCUUAAGUGACAGGGAAAUAGUGGAACUACUCUCAUUACAACCAACGCCUACCUCUCUGUUACCCUUUGUACGGAAAUUCUUUAAAGGGGUGCAGUUACUGGAAGUGGAAGACAUAUCUGUAACAGAGGAUCUACAGAAUUCAUGUGACACACACAAUAGGGUACUUGGGGUUUUUGGCAACCUCCAAGAGCACAUUACCUUUCUUUCUCCAUUGGAACCGAAUCACAAUCCUUUGAUUUGGCUGAGUAGGUUUCAGGAACAACUCAAGUCAACCAUGAUACAUCUCAUGACGCAAUGUGCUGAUGAAAGAAAACAACUGGAACCAUCAAAUCAAGACUCUGCACAUUAUGACACUCAUGGACAAGUAUUAACUGUGCUAGAUAUGACAUCUAAGUAUCCUCUUCAGUGUCUUCUUGUAGCAGAGGAAACAAUCUGGUGCAGUGUCCUUCAUCAAGCUUUCCAGGACGCAAGCACAGUUAGGAUGAGUAGGAUUAACGCAUUAAACAGUGCACAACUGGAAAAUCUUUGCCAGUCCUUAAGGGAUGCAUUUGUAAGGUCUAAAGGUGAUGCACAACUCUCAAAAUACACAAUGACAUGUUUACGUACUUUUGUGCUCCUUAGAAUGAAACAGGCAGAGCAACUAACUAAACUCAUGCAGGUCCAAUGUCAGCCAGCAUUAUCUUUUGAGUGGCUGAGUUCUCUCAAGUAUUGUAUAGCCUCAGAAGGUCAGAGUCUAAAAGAAAUUGAUGGUCGUAAAUGUUAUGUGGACAUAUUAGGCCAUAGACUCCCAUACGGUUAUGAGUAUUUUGGUCCAGAAGAUUGGGGAAUGGUGCAUUCUCCCUGCACAGAUCGAACUAUAAUGGGAAUUCUUCUUGCUGUGACAAGUUUUAGAUGUGGAUUUGUGAAUGGACCUUGCUCUUCAGGAAAGACAAAUACUGUGGUCUGUUUGGGGAAAGCAUUGGGGAGACAUGUUGUGAUGCUACACUGCUGUCCAAACAUGUCGUCUGAUAUUUUUCAAAAGAUGCUACUUGGGGCUCUUUUGACAGGAGCAUGGUUUGUGCUGGACUCUGUGGACUUGCUGCCUCGAGGUGUCCAGACAUCACUGGCACAACAUCUUGAGGACAUUUACCAAUCUUUCUCUGGGUUGUCAAGAAAGAAGGAAGACCAGGAAAAAACUGCCUCAGGUUGCAAAAGCAUGUUUGAUCCAGAAUACUUUAUGGUAUUUUCAGGGGUAACCAUUUCUGCUAGCCCCAGCUAUGGAUGUGUUCUCAUAUCAUCAAAGGGAUGCACCGCCGAGAUUUCUCAAAGUCUGCGAUUUUCAACCAGACCUGUGGCAUUAACUCAUCCAGAUUACAUGAUCAUUGUGGAGAUAAUGCUGACUUCCUUUGGUUUUAAAGAGGCAAAGUGUUUCAGUCAACGUCUUGUAUCCCUCAUCAGUCUCAGCAAGGACUCCCUCUGUCUGCCAGUCUUCACUGCACAAAACCAGAGUAGCUACCUUGACAUUUUGCAAAAAAUCACAUCUGCGUCUAAAAAACUAUUAAAACAAAGUGUUCGGCAUGAGAAAUUUAUUGGUAAGGCUAGACAAUCUUUUGUAAUACAAGCUAUUCUUAAAUCUCCAGAAAAUGAAAAUGCAGAAGAUAUUAAUGAGGAUCAAGAACAAGCAAUUUUCCCUGGAUUAUUGGAGGAAAUAGCUGUUGUCAAAGCAACUCAUUCAGUAUUAUCACAAAUGAUUUAUGUGCCUCAGAAGGUCUCACUGUUCAACUCCAUUUUCAAAGACAUGUUUCCUAUAGCUUGUCAGCUUCCCUUUAUUCAACAAUAUACUCAGGAUGAGCCAAACUUCGAACUUCAAGAAGCAGUGUCAGAAGAAUUAGAUCAGCUCCUGUUGCACUCUAACACAGAAAUUAAUUGCCAAGCUCUUACACUGUACCAGACCUUGAGUUUCUCUCAUGCAGUUAUACUUCUUGGACCCACCGGGAGUGGAAAGACAACUUGUUACAAUGCUCUGGCAGGAGCCCUCAGUAGACUUGCAAACAAAACAGGUGAAAAUAUAUCUGAUGAAAAAAUGUUUGAAGUGCAUACUCCUCAGGCAAAACUACAGACCUCUGCUUCAAAUUGGAGCUCUGUCAACACUGUGGUCAUAUUUCCAAACGCCAUGUCCCAUGAGGAGUUAUUUGGUGGAUUUUGUGAUGAAAUUGGGUGGCAAGAUGGAGCUGUGACCAAGGCCUUGAGAGAUUCAGAAAGACACAAGACUGGAAAAUUAGAAAUGUGCAAAACAAAGAAGCCUUGUCAUGAGACCAAUGCAGUGAAAUGGCUAGUAAUGGAUGGAGAGCCACUGAGAAAACCUGGCUGGCUAGAUCACUUAAGCACACUGAGUGAUCUUGAGGACCCAUUUUUAAGCAUACCAUCUGGUGAAAUGCUCAUGCCACACCAAUCACACUUCAAGUUACUUGUGGAGACCACCGACUUAAGUGAAGCAAGCCCCUCUGCAGUGACUCGCUGCAGUCUUAUUUAUUUUAAUGGUACUGAUGUUUGGAACUCCGUGUGGAAGAGUGAAAUGGAUUCUCUCCAUCGCGGUUUCACUCUGGAUAAAGGGACCCUGGAAAUGUGGACUCAGCUGUCAGAAGAUCUUUUCUCCAGCACUCUCAGUUUGCUGAAGAAGAAUGGCAUUUCUAAUAAAGGUCAACCCUCAACGUACGGCCUAACAGAAAUCAUGUCAUUCAUUCGAAUUCUGCGUGCCCUCCUGCAGCAUUUUGCCAGGACUGUCAAAUACAACGACGCCACAGGACAAAAAGACAAAAGAGAUAUGCCUCCAGGCAGAGAUUCCAAUAUAAGAGAAGAUAUUUUUCUGUUGGCUUAUGUUUGGGGAUUUGGUGGGCAUCUCCAUCCUCGACUCUGGCCACAGUUUGACAUUGUUGCCCGCCAAGUACUGUUUGAUAGUCGAUCUAAAAUUGUGGUUCCACAUGAAGGGACAGUGUUUGAGUUCUUCUUUAAUAUUGACAACAAGAUAUACUCUAAGAACACAUUGUUGACAAAGUCCAUCACACCAAAGCAUUGGAAGUAUACUUGUCUGCUCACCGUCAUGUUGGAGGCGAUCCAGCCUGUGUUGCUUGCAGGAGAGCCAGGUUCAGGAAAAUCUACUGUAUGUAACACCCUGCUGUGUUUUGAUAAGCCACACAUUAAAAUACCAGCUAGUUCUAUACGGGGUCCCACAGACCUGCGCCAUUUACUGUGUGGAAUUAGCUACCAGAAGAGCUGUCAAAAAAACAAGGGUGUCAUGGCGAAACAGCCAGGCCUAAUGCUUUAUGUGGAUGACUUGCAUGAGACACCUUGCGAUGUGACUGGGAAGACUUCAAAAAUCUUAGAGACUCUACGACAAAGUAUUUCAAAAGGAGGGGUUCUUGCAUUUGAUUCUAAUCACUUCAAGGUGCUCAGUCCCGGAAUCGUCACCUACCUCGCUACCUGUUGUGUCUUUGAACUGGACAAUCCCCACGUUGGCGUAAUAUCUUCCAGGCUAUCCCGACUGUUCUCCAUUUUUGCACUCCCAAGCUUAACCACAGAAUUAAUAUUUUCUAUUCAUUCGCCUCAGCUUAAACUCUGGCUCAGGGAUGUGCCAUUUAUCCCUAAUGUGGUGGACAUGGUACAUUGUAUUAUCAACGCAACAGAGAAUUUGUAUGAAGAUGUUUGCAAUAAUUUCCAGCCUACUAAACAAAGGCCCCGUUUUCUAUUCUCUCAUCAUGACCUGAAGAAGGUGUUUCAGGGGAUGUGCUUAUGGCAGCCUGUCCUUCCAAAAACAGAGACGCGAGACCCGAAGUUAAAAUCGAAAUGUUCCCAGCUCCCGCAAGAGCCUUUAGCCAUGGAGCUCAACAUUGUGCAUCUCUGGAUACACGAGUGCAUGCGUACCUUUGUUGAUCGGAUAAGCUCAGAGGACGAGAUUACUAAACUGCAGUCGCUCAUUGCCAAGGCAGCAACAGUACACUUUACAUUGCAGUUGCGAGACGAAUCCAACCUUGAGGCCCUCUUCGCUCCGAGCUUCAACAGUCUCAUUGCACAAUUAGGCCCACCAGACACCUGUCCAUCUAGAAGUCAAGUACAAGAACCUGAAUCCGCUGCAUCCACAGAGCAAUCCAAUGUCCCAAGACUACAUGUACAAGAAACGUUUCUUCAGCACUUGCUAGAAAUCAUGACUAAGCUUACAUAUGGUCCUCAGUUCGUUGGGAAUCAUUCUCCCAUAUUAAAAUGUAGCUCUUAUCAGCCACAAGAUCUCAGUUUAUUGAUACAGCACCUGUUUGCACACAUUGAUAUGAAAGACAAUGAAAAACAAGAUAUCGAUGGCCACUUCGCAUUCAAAUACACUUUGCACAGACAAAGGAUGUGCCAGAUGUUGCAUAUUUUCAGGGCUCUGUUAAUACCCGGAGGUCAUGGAUUGCUAAUGGCCUCAGGUAGUGGCACAGGACGUAAAACCACUGUACGUUUAGCAGCCCAUGUCUCAGGCUCCCACCUGAUUGAGGUGCACUCCGGUAACGAAUGUGAGUUGCAUAAAAUUUUAAAAGAAGCUGGGAAUCAAACUCGAGUUUAUGAAGCUAAUACCAUCAUACUGGUUCAUGAUAAUAUAAGCGCCUCUGUCAGAGAAGAGCUAUUAGUGGCCCUCAGGUCCUACCCAGGGCUAUACACAGACCAGGAGCUGGCCAAACUUGUUUCUAGGGUGACUGCUGUGUAUAAAACAAAAAGAUUCCUCUUGGACAGCUGGAUUUUUGACAAGUACUUGUGCCAAAACCUCAGAGACGUGCACGUAUUCAUGUUGAUGCCUGCCGUUGUGUCAAGCAGCAGUGGAAACUAUGAUUGCAAGGAACAAAUAACUAAGGCUCUUGGCCUCUGCUGUGUGGAGAUGUACCAACCUUGGUUCAAUCAGUCUUUGACAGAAGUUGCUGCUCACUACCUGAAAAACAUUUUUCAAAAUUUGACAAUGCAAGGCUCACAAGUUGGCCUGGCUGUAGCAAUGGCAGGAAUCCACCAGUCUGCAUAUCAGUACGCUUCUGUCCUUCUAAUGGCACAGCCUUUCAGCCCUUACACAUAUAUGGCAUUCAUUUCUCACUUUAGUUACCUCUGCAAAGUUAUGCUCAAAGAACUGGAGUGCCGAUCCAACAGACUUAACACUUGUCUGUCUCAAUUGGAUGCCCUGGACAGCGCGGCCAUGAAGUACAAACAUGAUUUAAUUAGAAUGCAAGGAAUAGUUGCCGAGAUACAGCAGCGUGUAGAUGAGCUCCUCGGAGCCAUAGAUGACCAGAAGAGUUUGCUUCAGAAAGCUGAAAAGAAAUGUGCUAAACAGAAGAGAAAGAUACAAAUCCUGGUGGACCGGAUCGCUGAAUCUGAGGAUGAGCUUAGACCCUUUUUUCAAGCAGCACUCGAUGUGCUCCAUAGUCUGGACCCAUUAGACCUUGAAGAGGUUCGCCACUACAGAGAUCCACCUGAUGGGGUGGUGCUUGUCAUGGACGCCGUUCUUUUGCUCUUUGACCGGCCUCCUGGCUGGGACAAUGCAAAAAGACUAUUCGGACAAUGUAACAUGUAUAAGUGCCUGGAAGUAUUUGACUUCUACAGCCUUACGGAUAUACAAAUGCUGCAACUUGGUGAGUUAAUUCAAAACCCCAUGUUUGUGCCGGAGUGUGUCCGCGAGGUAAGCAAGGCCUGCGAGACACUCUGCCGCUGGGUCCUGGCUGUCAACAAUUGCGGCUCUAGGCGAUACCAGCUGAUGGUCAGGAAACAGCUGGACUUAAUGCUUAUAAGGGCUCAAGAUCAACUUGAGCAGAUCGAAGAUUACAUGGAGGAAAUAAACCGUUGCCUCGCAGAGCUCGAUGUUCAGCUACUACCUGUGCAGAAGUUGCUGGAUGAGCAACUGCAACUACUACACAAAGCUGAGUGCCUGGAGAGAAAUGCUGCUAAUGCUGUGGCACUGUUGUUGAAACACACAAGAGUAUGGAGGGCUGAAGCUCAGGUUGCACAGUUGCAGACAAAAUGCUUACCAGGAGACGCCAUGGUCCUGGCUGCCAUCAUCUCAUAUUUUGGCCCCUUUCCAGCUGAAAUACGCACCGAAUUGCUGAGCAAGUGGAGGGUGUUGUGUCAGACAGGAAAUAUCGACACGAACCCCAAAGACCACAGAAGUUCCAUGUUCACCUCCACUGACACGGCACCUCCCCAGCCAACCUCGGAUUUUCUGGUCCCUCUGUCCGAGACACUGCAGCCUCUUCUGUCUCGGGUGUUGGGUGUGACACAGUGGCCAUCGCACGAGACGGCACUCACUAGAUUAGUCCUGAAACUGCUGCUGUGGGGCUGCAGGAGGAGUUGGGUUAAAUACUGGCCUCUACUGGCUGACACCCAGCAUCAUCUGGAGAUCGACUCUAAGAAUUGGGUCAUUACAGGCGAAAUAGGAGACGAUGUCAGUCUUGGGAAAGAGUUUGAGUGUGACAUAGUGGUUUGUGCUGAUGAUCCAAAGCUAAUCUGCCAGUUGGACCUGGCUGCUGAGAAAGGCUUGAAAGUCCUGGUUACUCAUAUCGAACGGGUAACAGUCAGUCCAAAGUUUCUCGCUGCUUUGGCCCGUCCCGCUGCGAGUUGCCCCCCAGGGUCAAAACAGACUGCCCACCAGACGCACCCUGAUUUCUGCCUCUUGCUUAGCACCCACUAUCCUAUCAGACUCCUCAGCACCGACAUCCAUCCAUCCAUAUUGGCUCAGGUGGAUGUGGUUGACCUGUCACCAAGCUCGGAUCAGAUCCAGGAGCUCAUGCUGACACAGCUACUGCAGUCGGAGUGCAAAGUGCUGCUGAUUCAACACCUCCAGAUGCAGAAUGACAAGCAGCUACUGCAGAGGAAACUGAUCACAGAGGAGGACUCUGUGAUGGACUCCAUCCUGCAGUCCGACACCACACGAAUGCAAGCACCUGAGUUCCUCACCCAAGUGGCUGAGGUCCAAGAAUCAAUGACUUUUGCGCAGACUGAGUUGCAGCUGGUCAAUGAGAGGCAGGAGUACCAUGAGCCCCUGCUGGCUGCUCCCCAGCAGCUUAUAUAUUUGGCUUGGCUCUUCUACCAGGCUUUGCAGGAGGUCUCCCGCCUUUCCCCUGCCUAUUACUUUUCAUUAUCUGGCUUCAUUGCAGUGAUGCAGGAGGCCUUCGCAGAGAAGGUUAGCAGACUUGUAUCAUAUGCCACCGGGAAGGUGAUAGGGGGAGUAAUACCAGCGAUAAGGAACAAGAUGGUGGCAAAAUUGAUGUUCUACUAUAGGCCAUGUCUCUUUAGAAGCCACAGUAUGGUUUUCAAGCUGUUGGUAACUUUGGCUGAGAUGCAGACCAACCAAAUCUGCUCUCCACCGGAGAGGACAUCUUUCCUUGUGGGAUUAAAAGAUAUUUUUGCUCCUCGAGAUCCACAUUCCUCAAAAGAUAAUUGGACAUACCCUCAGGUUGACUUUGACCUCCUCUGUUUAGAGAAAAUUCCAGCCUUUAAAGGGCUGACUGACUCACUGACCUCCUCACACAAGGAGUGGCAAGAGUUCCUGGACGUGCCUUCCUCAGUCGUAGCAGGACCGGUUCCCUGCGGAUCUCACUCCCAUCUGUCCUUGAUGCAGCGGGCUCUCCUCUCGAAGACCCUGCGCCCGCACUCCACAGGGGAGCUAGCUGAGGCCAUGGCGGCCUGCCAGUUUCGCCUACCACGCCACACGUCAGUUCCUCACUGUGGGAACCCGGGGGGUCUUUACACAUUUCUUGUGGCACACGAGGGACCUAUCAUCCUCACAUGGCCUUGUCCAUCAAAAGACAAGUGGACAAGUAUUCAGCCUCUCCACUUAGUGAAGCUCUUGGCCUCCAAGGCUACUGAUAUAAAGGAGGUGAAAGUCAUUUCCGUUGGAGGACUUUGUGAUAGUAACUUCAUCAUCUUCACUCUGGAAAAAGCACUCAGAGACGGUCACUGGUUGGUUUUUAAUAACUGUCACCUGUUGGAGCAUUGGAAUGCUAAACUAGUGGCCUGUUUCAAUCAGCUGUUUUCCCCUUUCGGAGCAGCAACCGACAUGAAAAGUCCUCACCCAGACUUCCGACUGUGGUUUCUAACUGAAGAAUCCGCUCAGUCCUUCCUACCUGCGUCAGUGCGAAUGUGUGGCCUGCCUCUGGUUUGUGACUCCUCCUGGAAUGUGAAGGAAGAGCUGAGCUGCUCUUUGCAAUAUUUAUCGUCCGUCGCUCAACGUCAGUCGGGGAGCGUGGCCGACAACACGGAGCUGCUUCUGCGCUGUGCAGCGUUUCACUCCGUGUUGCUACAAAGAGAGGCCUACAAAUACUUGGGCCAGGCCAGAAUCUACAGCUGGAGCCAGUCAGACCUUCUAGCUUUGGUGAAUGCACUCUUUUCUUCUGCUAGUCUGUGCCAGGACAAGACUAAAGCUUUACAAUACAUAGCAGUCAACCUUGUGCAUGGCGGUCAUGUUCUGGAGUCUGCGGAUUCAGAGGUGGUGCGGAACACUGCAGAAACCUGCUUCAGCAAAGCACCACCUCUGGCCAGCGGACCGCACAUCCUCGCCAACGUCAUCAGCAGCACUGAGCACUGCGAUUUUGCCAAACUCCUACGAAUGUUGGAUCGACAGCUGCUGCACUCUGUGGAUGUCAGCGAGCCACUUCUCUUGGGUUUCAGUGCUGACGUGGAAGCUGAAAUAGUGAAAAUCAACAGUCACAAUCUGAACCAUAUGCUCCAGGCCUCCCAGACUCCCCCAGGAUUAGCUGCAGCUUGCAGCAGUAUGUUGGCGACGCUGCCAGAAUUUAGCCAGGCUAGUGAGAAACUGCAUGCGCUGCAGGAUUACCUCACACAUCAAAACGAAACCCGAUUAAGAAAUGCCGGAGCUGUUUUCCAAAGUCCCCUGUAUGACUUCCUCCUGGCCGAGUGGCAUGAGCUGAGCGUCUCUGUGUCCUUGCUGCUCUCUCGGCUCCGACAGCCACUUCGUUACGUAACGGCGACCUUCCUGUCCCUCCCCACGCUCACCACAUUGUCGCGUUUGCAGAGACGGGCAGAGCUGCUCAGCUCUUACCUGUGGCGCGACAACACUUCAGCACCUCGCGCCGCCUACCGACUGUCUGCUUUCUCCAAUGCCAAGGGCUUUCUGGUGGCGCUAAUGAGAAAGGCCGCUCAAGCGCAUCACAAGUACAUCAGUGAUAUCAAUCUGCGCCUUGAGGUUCGUGACGAUCCAUUAUUCACCCCACUUCCAAAGGAUAUAGUGUAUUUGUGUGACCUGGAGCUAAGAGGAGCAUCGUGGGAUGUGCAGAGGGCUGCCUUAGAAAACACACUCUCCCCUCAGCCCUGCUCCAUGCCUCUCAUUUGCAUCAGGGCACAAGUGAAAGACACACACGUCCCUCGUUCACACAACUUCGAUCAAGUCUAUCAUUGUCCGAUUUAUCUGGAGGACUUGGACACUGGAGCGGAGGGGCGAGAUGGCUUUAACGUAGUCACAACGGUUCCGCUUCCUACUGCGUUAGAGCCUUCUUUGUGUAGUUUGCGGAAGGUUCGGCUAGUGAGUAGACUUUUUGACCCAUAGGGUUAUUACCAGCUUUUUACACAGAGAUCCCGCAAAAUCGCUGCAUCUGAGGAGUAACAGUAGAAAGAGCAUGGUAAACGUAGCGCCUCCCAUAGUACCACCAAAGGAAAACUGAAUAGUCAACUCUCAUUCCUUGUUGCCGCGAUUUACACAGAACAAGGUGGAAACCUACAGGCUUUUACAGAAUUGUUCAUUGAAUUGUUUAAUUGGUAUUCUGAUUAUUUUUGUACAAUAUUAUGUAUUCAAACACAAAUGUAUGAAUGUGGUGUUGGCAUACUAGCUCUUAAGAAAACGUGUCCAUGUUGCGUUUUCAUUAAAAAGCUUGUCUUGUCAUAGUCAUAACUGAUGACCAUUUUGUUUGAUUUAUCACAAGUAGAGACAACACCGAACCUCUAACUGGACUGUCACGGAUUUAAAUCUGAAAUGUCAUCCUAUAACUCAUUCAAAUAAUGAUUAAUAAAAUCUUGCUCCGUU